AUUGUUUUCUGUAAAAAUGGCACUUGGUGUGCGUGUAGUAGUGACAAUAUUUCUAAAUUUCCUGUCGUUCGCGGUUGGUUUGGAACUGUACGAGAGUCCGAAUGUGAAAACCGCGCUGUUCACCGAGCUGGACGUCAGAAGAUCCUGUUGGAACCAUGACGAGAUCAGUCUGCUGCGGGCCAGGAUGAUCAUGCAAGACCUGAUCCCGAAGAAGAUCCCGAGGGAUUUUCCAUACCUCGUGGAAUACCUAAGGAGCACGGAAGAGGCAGUAGUGAGGCACUCGCCGGAAGGAAAACUGCGCCGCAUUAUGAUGCUGUCUCUCUCGGACAUCAUAGGGGGGUACCUGCAGGCAGUCGUCAUCCCGAUGGCCAAGGAGUCGUACUACGCGGGCAACAUCGACUACACUACGAUGUCCAAGCUGUACGACAUGUAUACGGAGAUGAAGAGCAGGCUGAGGACUGACGGAGGGCGAUGGUCAAGGCCGCUGGACAUGUCCAAAUUCGCCGUGAAGGUCACUCAGCUCAACCUGUACGAGGGAUCUUCUGAGCUGGCUUGCAAGGCGAUCUACGUGACCUCCAGGGAGAGCUGCCCCGAGGGUCAGUCCAGGAUCGCGAUCCCGUACCUUGACUACGACUUGAAGCCAGGAGCCGUCGCUCUUCCGCUGAAGUCCCGCAACUUGUACAGUCUAAAAACGGCCGCUUCGAGCCACAUCAUCGUCAGAUUUUACAUUCUGGCGAGGGAAUGUCUCUCAGACAUGUCCGCCUCAGAGACUGAAGUCUUCAACUAUCUCUUCCUCAGAUGGCUACUCGCCAGUGUGGUCCCACACCUUUACGAGACCACUUGGUACCCCGGCUUCGGUAGCGUCAUGAGGAUCGUCCAGACCAUCAACGAAACGGAGAUUUCCCUCCAGAGACCGGUCAACAACGUGAACGACACCAGCCUCGAACAAUCACUGCUGUCCGGUAAAUGUGGGAUACUGAAGACCGUAAAAAUGCUGAUAAAAUACAACUUCUGGUUGUUGAUCCUCUUCCUGUUCCUCUGCAUGCUGAUCUUCACCGUGUGCUGUUGUUGUGCUUGGUGGACGUACUCCUAUUACAGAGGAUACGGGGCUGUGGGGUCCAAAGGGUCCGGUAUACUGAACGCCGUCUUAUCCAUCUACUGUGGACUCAAGGACUACGAUGAACCUGACAUGGGCUCUAAGAACAUUUCGGGGACCGGCUACUUUGACCCCGUGACUGGUUCUUUCCGCAAUUCCUCGAACACGGCUCGCCGUCAGUCCCCUCGGCCUACGGACUUUCGCCAUUCUUCACAAUACCAGCCCGACACCAGUGUUCCGCCUCCGGGCCAUCCGCGGCCUGCCGGUGAUGUUGACACCAGCACUGUACCGUCCAGCACCGAGGAUGAAGAUGGAGAAUCGGUUACUUCAAGCACAUCAAAGCCUUGAUUCAUAAAAAUGUAAUGGUAAAGUCAAUGAUACAAUAAUAAAAGUUCAUAGUGGAAGCUAA